AUGCUACAACAUGCACACUGGGGUCCUGGGCAGCAGAACCCAAAGCUUGCAGAGCACCGGGUGCCGAGUGUGGCCACCAUGAGCACUCCACGCUGCAGCUUCUUCAACCAGAUGCAGGAAGAACUCAAGCAACUGGACAUCAAAUGUGAGUGCCGAAUGGAACGGAGGGCUUCUUCCCCACCCCGCACACCACCAGGUCUUGAUCUGCCUUUCUCUUCAGGCCCCUUAGUUGUGCAGGGUCUGGCAGAUGCUGGGCACAAGCGGGACAUCAUGCGGGGGGAGGUGUUCCAGCAAAUGGAGGCUCUGCGGGCAGGCAACGAGCAACAGGACUGGUUCGAAGCCAAGGAUCACUGUGCUGAGAAGGGUGCUCACGUGGUCAUCAUUAACAGCCAAGCAGAGCAGUACUGCCUGGACCUGGACAAUCAGACCCGAGUCUUUGAAUUCAUCCUCCUCGGCCUCUCUGAGCAGCGCCUCAAACAGCAGGUACUCCUUGGUCUCUCCUCCAGCCUGUAUCUGUUUGAGUGCCUGGGGAAUCUGCUCGCCAUCUUGGCCAUCCUCUUGGACCCUCACCUCCACAGCCCCAUGUACUUCUUCCUCAGCAACUUGUCUCUUCUUGACAUCUGCUUUACCUCCACCACCAACCCCAAGAUGCUGGUGAACCACCUGUGUGGCCACAGCACCAUCUCCUCUGAGGCUUGCCUGAUUCAGAUGUAUUUCUUCGUUGCCUUUGGGGCAGCUGACAGCAUCCUUCUCUUGGCCAUGGCUUAUGACCGCUACCUGGCCAUCUGCUGCCUGUUGUGCUACAUGACAAUCAUGAACGUCCUUCCGUGUGCCUUGCUGGUGGUGGUACCCUGGAUCUCAGCGAACCUCAUCUCCAUGGUCCAUACUAUCCUGAUGACGCACUUGUCCUUUCGCACCGAUAGGAUCCCACAAUUUUUUUGUGACCUCAAUGCCUUGAUCAAGCUCUCCUGCUCCAACACCCAACUCAAUGAGAUGCUGGGGAAGCGGAAAGCGUUCUCCACCUGUAGUUCUCACUUUUGUGUCGUCUCACUCUUCCAUGGGACCAUUAUUGGGGUCUACUUCAACCCUGCAUCCACACACGCCACCCAGAGGGACUUGGCAGCCACAGUGACAUACACCAUGGUCACCCCUAUGCUGCACCUCUUCAUCUACAGCCUUCGGAACCGAGAUCUGAAGGAAGCCCUCAAGAAACUUCUCAAAGGAAACCAUUUGGCUAAGCCUUUUUGA